CCGAUCCAUCCCUUCCCAUCAUCCUUCACCCUCACGCCUCCACCAUGACCGUCGAGAAUGGGCACGCGGAGACCAAGGCGGCCGCCGUGAAGGUCACCAACGAGGCCAUGGUCCUCCCUAGGAAAGCGCCGGGGAAGCCGACGUGCCCCUUGAUCACCUUCGACCUUCCCUACAUGACCUUCUACUACAACCAGAAGCUGUUGCUGUACAAGUGCGACGAGGAGUUCGGGGACGCAGCUGAGAGGCUGAAGCAUGGCUUGGCGGCGGCUCUGGAGUUCUUUUACCCCUUGGCGGGGAGGUUGAAGCAGGACGAGGAGAAGGUGGUGUACGUGGAGUGUGAGGGCGAGGGGCUGGUCGGCGCCGAGGUCAUCGAAGCCGUGGCGGAGGGGGUGUCGGCGGUGGACCUGGCGGAAGGGGAGAAUCCGGCGCUGCUGCAGGACCUGGUGCCGUACACCGGCGUCAUGAACCUCGAGGGACUCCACCGCCCGCUCCUGGCCGUGCAGUUCACCAAGUUGAAGGACGGCCUCGCCAUCGGCGCCGCGUUCAACCACGCCAUCCUUGACGGCCACUCCACCUGGCACUUCAUGUCCUCGUGGGCCGACCUCACCCGCGGCUCCCCCGCCAUCUCCCUCCUCCCCACCCACGACCGCAUCGUCGCCCGCUCCGUCCGCGUGCCCCUCUCCCUUCCGGCCUCCGCCCUCGACCACGAGCUCGCCGACCCCAACGGCCCCGCCAAGCCCCUCGUCGCCCGCGUCUUCUCCUUCUCGGAGUCCACCGUCGACCUCAUCAAGUCCUGCGCCAACGCCGGCCUUCCUCCGGGCUCCAAGCCCCUCUCCACUUUCCAGUCCCUCGGCGCCCACAUGUGGCGCGCGGUGUGCCGCGCGCGCGCGCUCAAGCCCGAGGACAUCACCGUCUUCGUCAUCUUCGCCGACUGCCGCUCCCGCGUCGACCCUCCCAUGCCCGAUGCCUUCUUCGGCAACCUCAUCCAGGCCAUAUUCACCGGCACCGCCGCGGGGCUGCUGCUGGCGAGUCCACCCGAGUUCGGAGCCGGGAUGCUUCAGCAGGUGAUCGGGGCCCACAACGCGGACGCGAUCGAGAAGCGGCUGGAGGAGUACGAGGCGGCGCCGAAGCUGUUUUACUACAGCGAUGCCGGGAUGAACUGCGUAGCCGUGGGUAGCUCACCGAGGUUCAAGGUGUACGACGUCGACUUCGGGUUCGGGAAGCCGGAGCGGGUGAGGAGCGGGUCCAACAACAAGUUCGACGGAAUGGUGUACUUGUACCCGGGAAGAGAGGGAGGGAAGAGCAUCGAUGUGGAGCUGACGCUGCAAGCGGAGGCAAUGGAGAGGCUGGAGAAGGAUGAAGAAUUCCUCGUGGCGAAGGCUUGACCAGAAGCUUAUAUAAAGCUUUGGACGAGGCUUGUGUUCCAAGGUAGCGUAAUUAAUGGUCGCUCGGUUUGGUCGUCUGUGGAGUCGGAUAUGUUUGGUAGCGUAAUGGUCGCCUGUGGCUGAUCGAUGUUUCGGGUGGCAAACUCUCGUCGAUCCCCCCCCAUAAUAAUAAGCUUUGUUAAUUGUGUUACCAACCGUGUGAGCCGAGCAGUUGGCUACUUAUGAGACGAGAAACUUGUUGAGCUC